CUCUCCCGCCAUGUCUGCGUCAGCGGGGUCCUUCUCAGCCCCUCCCCAGGUGCACGUCUUUGACGGGAUUCUGUCCGACUUUGACGGGACCAUUGUGGACUCGACAGAUGCAAUUGUCAAGCAUUGGCACCAAGUCGGCGAGGAAAUGGGCGUCGACCCCAAGGUCAUUCUAGCAACGUCUCAUGGGCGGCGGAGUAUCGACGUUCUGAAGUUGUAUGACCCGAGCAAGGCGAACUGGGAGUACGUGAGCUAUAUCGAAGGUCGCAUUCCGCAAGAAUAUGGCUCCGACGCGAUUGAAAUCCCGGGGGCGCGGGACCUUCUCUCCGCGCUGGAAGACUCAAGCGUGAACUGGGGCGUGGUCACCUCGGGCACGCGCGCCCUGGUCGACGGCUGGCUUGGAGUGUUGGGCCUCCCACAUCCGCGCAACCUAGUGGUCGCCGAGGACGUUGAGGCUGGCAAGCCCGAUCCACGCUGCUACCUCCUUGGCCGGGAGCGGUUAGGCCUCGACGACCCGUCAUCCUCGUCGAUUAUCGUCUUCGAGGACGCCCCAUCGGGCAUCCGCGCGGGCAAGGCCGCUGGGUUCCGCGUGUUGGCGCUGGCCACCACGCACUCCCUCGCGCAGCUCCGUGACGCCGGCGCCGAUUGGAUCGUGCAAGACCUGCGCAGUGUCUCUGUCCAGCGCGUCGAGAGCGGCAGAGUGCAUCUGGAGAUCAGGGAUGCGUUACUGUAAUUACUUGUUAUACAGAGUAUGGAGUGGUUAGUUAGACGUGUGCAUAGACUAGAUAUAGAAUUAGGGAAAUGUUGACAUAGAUUAUAAUACUCGU